AUGGGUUCAGUAGUAGGUGGUGCAAAUGGCUCAGGUUUUGUUAUUCUACCUCCUCUUUCUCUAUUCUCAUUAAUGGCUCUGCUUUUGGAUACGUCAAAAGUUCAAGGGGAAUACAUGGAUAGGGAAGCUCAUCUUAAUUUCUUUAAUGGUUUUUCUGUCAGUCCAUCAAGCAUUAAGGUAACUCACUUACAUUAUGCAAAUGAUACUAUUUUCUUCUUUGAUAACAAGAAGGAAGAACUACAUAAUAUUUUCUACGCACUACACUAUUUUGAGUUCAUUACUGGUCUAAAAGUGAAUACUUCAAAAACUAGACUAAUUGGCAUUGGUUAUGCACCUGAUUUAUCCACUUGGGCAGUUGAGUUGGGCUGUGCUAUUGAUACUCUGCCAUUCUUAUAUUUGGGUAUGCCUUUUGGUGUUAAAUGUACUUUUAAAUACAUUUGGGAUCCUAUCAUUGAAAAUUUAAAGCUAGACUUUCCACAUGGAGGAGAUGUAAUCUCAGUAAAGGAGCUAAAUGGUGUUGGGGAUUUGGUACUGAUUAGAAUAGACUUUGGUACAAGAUUAUCACUGACAAACGUGGGAAUAAUUUCUCUUGUUGGAUACUUGAAUGAUCAGUGGGUGAGUGAUGCUCCUAUUGAAGUUUCUUUCCCUUCCCUGUAUAAGAUUGCUAGAGACAAAAAUGCAAAGAUUUCAGAAAUGACGACAGAAGAUGGUAAAUGGAAUUUCACAUUCAGAAGAUUGCUUACAAAUAGUGAAACAAAUGAUCUUGCUGCUUUUUUCUUGCUCAUCAGGGAUAUUCCUCCAGCCUUAGACUCUUCACUGGAUACUAGAAGAUGUGCACUCCACAGUUCCGGUAUCUUCUCAGUUAAGACUUUAUAUUCAAAACUUAUUGAAGAUUCUAGAUUUGAUAACUUACCUCAUUCUUUUAUCUGGAAAGCUACUAUCGCUCCAAAAGUAAAUUUUCUUGUCUGA